AUGAGCGAAACCUGAAGGCUACCGCCGCUACAAGACCCCAACACACAAAAUUGCCGGAGCAGCAGCCGGCGCCGGCGACAGCAGAGAGCCCCGGUGUACUCGUCGUCGCAAGAAUGGCCAAGGGUGGCAUCGAGUAUGCCGUGGUGGACGCCUUCACGGCGGAGCCGUUCAAGGGCAACCCGGCCGCGGUCUGCCUCCUCCAGGACGCCGCCAAGGCCGCGGACGAGCGGUGGAUGCAGUCCGUCGCCGCCGAGUUCAACCUCUCCGAGACCGCCUUCCUGCUCCGCGACUCCUCCCCAGCCGCCGCUGCCGCCCCGCGGUUCCAGCUCCGAUGGUUCACCCCCGCCGCCGAGGUCGAGCUCUGCGGCCACGCGACGCUGGCCUCCGCCCACUUCCUCUUCACAUCCGUUCUCGCGGAGCACGAGACUCUCGUCGAAUUCGCGACCAAGUCGGGGGUUCUCACCGCCAAGAAGGUAGCUGCACCGGCGAGUGCGGCGGUUUCAGGUGAGGGGAAACUGUUCAUCGAGCUGGAUUUCCCCAUGAUUGACCUUGUCGAUUGCCAUCCUGCCGAGCUGCCGUCCAUCCCCGAGACUCUGAACGGAGCCUCUGUUGUCAGCGUCCACAAAUCGGCGACAGCUGGUGACCUCAUUGUGGAGCUUUCAUCAGGAAAAGAGGUUGCUGAUAUCAUCCCUAACAUUCAUGAAAUUAAAGUGUGUUCUGGCAGAGGAGUUAUUGUUACAGGGCCAGCACCUGCUGGAUCUGGUUUUGACUUCUUCACACGUUUCUUCAACCCAAAAUUUGGGGUAGAUGAGGAUCCCGUUUGUGGCAGCGCACAUUGUGUUUUAGCACCCUACUGGGGUGGGGAGCUGGGGAAACAAAGACUGAUGGCAUUCCAAGCCACCAGGCAUCUCCACGGAGUGGAAUAUUACACUUGGAGUUGGAGCCUGCAAGCAGGAGGGUGCGAAUUCAGGGGGAAGCUGUUACAGUAAUGACUGGCACCCUCCUAGCGUAACAGUUCCCCAUGCUUUGAGAUUUGAAGGACAGCGGUCACCAUUAUUAGCUUAUGGAAACAAAAAGAUCCUGAACUUUUUCUAGAGCAUCAAAAUAAAUUCGCAGUGAAAGCAUGAUGUCAUAAAUCACCAGGUCAUUUUGGUUUGUCAUUUCUAAAGAACCUAGACCAAGAGUGUCUUUUAUUAAGAAGAUUUUUUUUUGCCAUUUCUCGAUCCUAUUGCCUUGUUGAAACUUAAAAGCAAUAAAGGAUGGAUAUGAAUUUAAAACCA